AUUUGCUUCUCCGCAAACCGAGGUUAGCCGGGAGGCUUUGGCUUUUUGGGAAGGAAGGAGCCCUGCCCCGGCCCGCUGUGUGCGAUGGAUUGAGGCGUGCCCGGCUGCGCCCCCAGCCAGGUCCCCGCCCGCAGCCCACAUAGAUGCGAUGGAAAGUCGGGGGCUGUUCUGCACCCUUUGUUACCUGAUGUUCAACGCUCCUCUGCUGUUCAUUGUCACCGCUACCUUUACUGAAGUUCCCAAAGAUGUGACUGUUAGGGAGGGAGAUGAUAUUGAGAUGCCUUGUGCUUUCCGAGCCAGCGGAUCCACCUCUUACUCCUUGGAAAUCCAGUGGUGGUACCUUAAAGAACCAGCCAGAGAACUUGCACACGAAUUAGCCAUCAGUGUCCCCGGCAGCAGGAGCAAGGUAGCAAAUAAGGAUGCAACCAAAAUCAGCACGGUCCGCGUCCAGGGCAACGACAUCUCGCACCGGCUGCGCCUGUCGGGCGUGCGGCGGCAGGACGAGGGCGUCUACCAGUGCCGCGUGUCGGACUACAGCGACGACGAGACGCAGGAGCACAAGGCUCAGGCGCUGCUGCGCGUCCUGUCCCGCUUCGCCCCGCCCGACGUGCAGGCGGCCGAGGCGGUGUCGCACAUCCAGAGCGGGGCGGCCCCGCGCCGCCACGGCCCCGCCGCCCGCCCCACGCCGCCGCCCGGCCCCGCCAAGCGCCCGCCGCCGGCCCCCGCCCCGGGCGGCACCGCCGCCAGCGCCACUGCCACCGCCGCCACCGCCACCGCCUCGACGGCCGCCGCCGCGGCCUCCUCGGCCUCGCCGCCGCCCGGGCAGGCCGCCAUCCUCCGCCAGCAGCACGGGUCAGGUACAGGACCUAUUUAUGCUACAGACCCACUCCUAUACAUGUCCCUGUUACUACUGCAUAAGCUUGUACAUUUAUUAGUAAACCACUGACGGACUGCUCCCUCCACUCCUCCUCAGCCAAACAGAAAGGAACCUAUUUAAUAACAAACAAAACCCCUGACAAAGAAAUCCCUACCGUUUUAAAGAUGGACAGAAAGAGACUGAAAGAAGCAUGAUAAAUUCUACAUGGGGGGAAAAACAUAUUUUUGGGGAUGCCACAAGAAAGUAAACCACAUAGAAUAAUGCAUCUAGUUUCCAGACUCUAUGGUGUAAAGCCCUGCUCUGUGCAUGGCACUUAUGAUUUCUCUAUUUUAAUGUAAUAUUUUUUCUUUUCUAAACCUUUCCUCUGACUCUUCAUUUUGCACGAACUGUUGAGCAGUUAUCUUUAUGACAAUAUGUAAAGAUGUUGGGUCAAACCCUUCCUAAGAAAGGAAAUAUUUUUAGUAGAUUAUUGUGUUUAGGUUUUUUGGAUUUCCUUUUUCUUUUUUUAAUUAAAUUAUUUCUUUUGGAGACAUUAAAAAGGUACAUCUUACCAUAAUUAAUAUUCACUGUCAAUAAUAUUUAUUUUUAAAUGAAGAUUGGAAACAAGGUAAGACAUUUGUUUAUAAACUGUAUUGUAUAUUGCUGAAUAACAGUUGAAUAAAAAGAUUUUGAAAUAAAG